AUGGAUGCAGUCCCGCAGUACCCUCUAUAUGGCUCGACAUUUAAUGUGUACAGCAUAUCUCCUUUAUACCACGGUCGUUCGCAACUGCUCCUCGAUGCAAGCUUACGAUCGCAUGCGCGACGACUGCGCAAUGUGCUAAAGGGAGACACCCUCCGUGGUGUGCACAUCGGUGUCGCAGCCACGGAUAAUGCAAUAGCAAACCUCGGACCUCUAGAAAGCUGUACAUGGGAUCUGAUAGGCGACGAGGCAUCAUGGGAAGAGACACACGCAAGCGACGAGCACGACGAAAUGUCGGACGAUCUUGCGCCUGGUGGAAAACCUAUAUCUCCAGAAGUAACCCGUGGAAUACAUAUUCAACUGCAGUACUUGCAGACAACGCAUACAGGACUACUCCUAAGAAACCCAGCGAGCAAACCACCUCCGAAUGGGUUCACUUCAAUGCCACUUCUACUCCUCCGCAUGCCACAGCCCGUCCGCGAAGUCGUGCUAGAAUACCUCACCACCACAUUCGAUACCAGAAUCUCUCCCCUGAAGUUUCGUUCAGAGUUUCUAUUGUCGUCACUCGAGUCUCUCCUCGCCCACAUCACCGAUCAUGAAUCGCCAGAGACUAUACCAGACAUUGUAAAACCACUUCAGAUUCAACUCGCGUUUCCACAAUUUACACAGUACGUCAAGCAUAUCGAUAUUACAAUAGCAAGAGACGACUUGCACGAGUUUGUUUGCCGAGGGCAACAAUUGAACGCCGGCUCCAACGCGCCUCUCACUACAGCGUUGGAGCUUUACCUCUCAUCUCACCUAGCCCUCGACACGAAGUACAUUCGUUCUGGCAUAUCGAAGGCUAUCUGUGGCCUCUUCGCGCUUUCAUCAGAGGGCAAAUUGAAGCUUUUUGCGCCUGCACCAAGGUCAUCCGACACCUCAGAAGACGAACGCGACACACUUUCACCUUCUGCGUCACAAUUGUUUAUGCGAGACUUCUACAGCCGCUUGGUUUCCGAAGCUUCAACGCCCCUUCAGCUACUAUCCUCCACAAUUCCAGGCGCGAAGGCGAAGGAACCGAGUAGGCCGGCACCUCGCAGGAAGCGUGAAGCGACGACUGAUGUAGAGAAUGGUGCAAAGCAGCGGAGACCUCAGGCGCGCGUACAGGAUGACGAGCUUGCCGACGCAAACGACGCUCAUACCGUGCGCAGCACAAACACACCAGCGAGACUCAGUGUGCCUGUAGAUCCGCCGCCACCAUACGAGCUCCAUGAUCCCGCACGGUCGCAGCGGGCGGGGUCGCAACCAGGACCAGCGUGA